GACUUGCAAGAAACAGGAGAAGCAGAAGUCAACGUAGAAAGUUUGAAGAUUUGACCAAAUAUCCAUAGUCCAAUUCGGUAGUCCGAAACUACAUAGAACUAGCAGGCAGGCGGCUGCUACCGAACCCACGCCCACGACUAUGAGUUGUUCGGCUCACACUGUGACUAUGAUAAUGAUUCUCCUGUUUUUUUUUAUAAUUCUAUAUCUUUUCGUUUGUCAAUACCGCAAUAAUACCCAUUGGUGGCUUCUUCUUCGACAUUCCCAAUUUCACUCGCUCUUCGGAAUUGGAUUCUUCGAUCCUCCUCAACUUAGCCGCUUGCUUCCAAUUUUUGGGUACGAAACGUCUCUCGUUUUCCAUCCUCUCUUUGACCCCUUUCUCUCUUUUUUUCCUUCUGUAAAAAAAGAAUAGUAAAUUAAGACGUUGGGUAGAAGAGAAAAUUCCUGUUUUUGUUUUGGUUUUUGGUGAAUAGAGGAGAAGGAAUCAAUCUGUUUUGGUUUUGAUCUUAUGGGUUUUUGGAGUUGUUAUUUUUAGAAGUAAAUUACUGGGGCUGUUAGGGUGUGAUUGGCAAGCGAGAAAAGUUGCGCUGGUGAAUGAGAGAUUGGUAUUGGUGAUGAUAUUUUGGAUACAAUACUGAAAUUUGAGUUGUGGGUUUUGUUGAGUGGUGUUAGAGCUCAAAUGGGUGGGAUUUGUUCGAAAGGAUCCUCCAAAGUUGAGAACCCAUAUGCAGGAAAUGGGCAUGUUGAUCGUUAUAAGUCUGAUAAAGGAGGGUACCAGUCAAAUGUCAAGACCAUAGUUACGCCGCCUCCGGUGAUUGGAAUCAAGGAGGAUAAGUUACAAGAGCAGAAGCAGCAAUUGCAGGAUCCUGUUGGGUUACAGAAAACUGAUGCUGCUCCUGAUGAUGAUUUCUACGAUGGGAUUCCACGGUAUCCGAGGGCGCAGAAGUCUCGGUCCGUCAGGUCGACACAAGCGGCAGUGGCCAAGGUUUCCGAGGUAAGUUCACGUUUAGGUAGGGCUGGUACAGCUGGAUUGGGAAAGGCAGUGGAGGUGUUGGAUACACUUGGGAGCAGCAUGACUAAUCUAAAUUCUGGAGCUGGAUUUGCUGCAACAGCACCCAGUAAAGGCAAUGAAGUGUCAAUUUUAGCAUUUGAGGUUGCAAAUACUAUAGUAAAGGGUUCCAAUCUCAUGCAAUCACUUUCAAAAAGAAGUAUUCGGCAAUUGAAAGAGGAGGUUCUUCCUUCCAAAGGCGUGCAGCAUUUGAUAUCAAAAGAUACAGAUGAACUGUUAAGGAUUGUUGCAGCUGACAAAAGGGAGGAGUUGAAAAUAUUUUCUGGGGAGGUUGUUCGUUUCGGAAAUCGUAGUAAAGAUCCUCAGUGGCACAACCUGGAUCGUUAUUUGGAGAAAAUCAGCAGGGGACUUGGUUCUGAAAAGAAUUUGAAGGAGGAAGCAGAUUUGGUGAUUCAGCAACUAAUGAAUUUGGUUCACUUGACUGCUGAAUUAUACCAUGAACUACAUGCACUGGACAGGUUUGAAUUAGACUAUCAGCGUAAGCGUCUAGAAGAAGAGAUGUCAAUAAGCACUCAGAAAGGCGAUAACAUGUCACUCCUGAGGUCAGAACUGAAAAGCCAAAAGAAAAUUGUUAGAAAUUUAAAGAAAAAGUCACUUUGGUCUAAAAGUCUGGAAGAGGUAAUGGAGAAGUUUGUAGACAUUGUCCAUUUUCUACAUCUAGAGAUACAAAAUGUAUUUGGUGGUGCUGAUGAACAUAUACCAGCAGCAGAGGAAACUCCAAGCAGCCGUAAAAAAUUGGGACCUGCUGGCCUUGCACUGCAUUAUGCAAAUAUAAUUAUUCAAAUUGAUACCCUUGUUGCCCGUUCAAGUUCAAUGCCCCCUAACACGAGGGAUUCCUUAUACCAGAGCUUGCCGCCUACACUUAAAACAUCUUUGCGCUCCAAAUUAAAAGUUUUCUGCGUCAAAGAGGAGAUGACUGUUAAAGAAAUUAAAGAUGAGAUGGAAUUAACUCUUGGGUGGCUUGUUCCAGUUGCUACAAACACAGCCAAAGCUCAUCACGGUUUUGGUUGGGUUGGAGAGUGGGCAAAUACUGGUUCUGAUGGGAACCCAAAGGCAGCUAUUCAAACUGAGAUAAUGCGAAUUGAAACACUACACCAUGCGGAUAAGGAAAAAACAGAGUCCUGCAUACUUGAUAUGUUGUUGUGGCUUCAUCAUUUAGCCUCUAAAAGCAAGUCUAUCAACACAGAGGUUAACAAGUCUCCUUUUAAGUCCACAUCCAACCCGAAGGCAAAUCAGGAGGUCAAGGACUUGCAAACCAAUGCAAAGUCAGUUGUGUUAACACCUGAAGACCAUGCAAUUCUGCAGGCGAUAACCAAGAAAAGACGAAGUCCAGGAAUCAGCAAAAGCCAGGACUUCGACGCUGAGAAGACCUGUUUGAAAAAACGCAGCUCUCUGACACGGAGUAGCAGCUAUUCUCCUAGAAGAGAAAGCAGCAAGGAACCAUUACCUUUUAAUAGGCUUUCUUCCGGGGUUCGUGUUCUGGAUCUUGUUUUUGAGAAAAAGAAAGUAUUGGAUAUGAUAGACAGAGUGGAAAUACAUAGAUAGAUCGCAGAGUAUUCUGUAGUUCCGGAAUUCACAUGGGGGAGUGAUGAGAGGGGUGACUGGGGGUUUUGUAAAUUUACUGUUAUUAUUAUUUGUUUUUAGGAUAUUGCACUUGGGUGUAGAGUAUAAGAGUGUCACUUAGUAGAAAGACCAUCGAUAUUAUGAUAUUAUUUGGGUGCACAGUGAAAUAGAAACUUGUUGAACACGAGGUUUUGGAGUAAUGGUUAAAGAAUAUGACUAUAGCAACUGUCACCUUUUUCACUAGUGCGUAUAAAAAAUGAACAAGAUUUUUGUGUAAUAUAUCAUAUUCUUCUUUUUUUUA